AUGGGCAAUAAACUGUCGUCGUGUUCCUGCGCGCCCAUCCUCCGUAAGGCGUACCGUUACGAGGACAGCCCGUGGCAGAACUCCCGACGUCGUGAUGGUCAUUUAUUAAGACUUUGGGCUGAGGUAUUUCACGUGUCGGCAAGCGGUGCAGGCACAGUAAAAUGGCAGCAGGUAUCGGAGGACCUCGUGCCAGUCAACAUCACCUGCAUACAGGACUCACCCGAAUGCGUGUUUCAUAUCACAGCCUACAACUCGCAAGUCGAUAAGAUCCUCGACGUCAGACUACUACAACCAGGAACCCGGAUAGGACAAGCUUCGGAAUGCUUCGUGUACUGGAAAGAUCCUAUGACGAAUGACACCUGGGGCUUGAACUUUACUUCUCCCAUUGAUGCCAAACAAUUUAGAGAAUGUUGUUCACCAUCGUUCAAAUUCUCGCGGAAGGCCUCUUCAAGCUAUAGCUUAAAAUUAGAACCUCCUGGGAGUAAGCAAAAAUUUAAAACGAAAAGGAAACCAGUAUCCACACCAGCUAGUCCAAACCGUUCAAGCUUAACCUACGGGCGAGAGCCACAAUGUACCUGCAUGACGCAAGAACAAUACACAAGGCUAAGAGCCCAAGAUCCGCGAUAUCGUUCAUCUACUCUACCGCGCACAACCGCUCGCGCCAUGGAAACGGACGCAGCAGAUGCUAGUGGAACAGCAAAUCGUUCCGAGAAGGUCGCUGCAGCAACUUCAUCUACAUCUCUAUACGACAAUGUCACAAAUUCGCAGCCCACAACUCAACAACCGCCUAAACCGGCUGCUCGUCAAACUGAAAGUCAGCCACCGGCACGUCCUCCUAAAUCACAAGAGACUUCUACGAUGACUACAAACACAUCUACAGCACCUAAAACUGUCACUGUUUCAGUUGGUACACAUGGCACUAAUACGAAUGAUGAAACUCAAGGAACUACCGGUGGCGGUACUACUACGCAACAUAGUCAAGACCUUAAAUCCGAGGGUGUUCAAGCUGGCGGAACACUGACUACAUCGAAAUCUUCAUCAACAUCAACACGUUCCGGAAAAGAGCAUCUACAACACAUGCCGAAGAGUGUCGACUACGGUGACGGUAACGAAUCGUCACGUGAGUCUGAUAAACAUACGAUGCACCACCAUAAUGUCAUCAACAAUAAUACUUCAGGAUCGCGUCGAACAAAAUCCAAGAGCACGGAAGACAUGAAUAUGGAUUCUAACACACUUAAACGCAUGCUUAAGCCGAUGCCGUCAACAGAAAGCCCCGUGACAUCUCCAGAAAUGGGCCGCCGACGGUAUGGGGGCACGGGGCCUUGCCCUCCUUCAUGUGGAUCGUAUGGCCACCGAAACUUGCAGCAUAUGCAUGGCCAUGGACAUUAUUCGCACGUGGUUAACAACAAUAGCCGACAGAGCUCACAACGGUAUACUUCAGCUAGCCGUGGCGUCGGCGUGGGUGCUGCACCGAGCGGCUAUCCAGGGCGCGGUCUAUACUUGGAAUUAGGAGGUGGUGAGCGAGAUCUUUCACCACCUUCAGACAACGUAAUGUUUGACAACCAGUGCUACGCCACUACGCCGUCGUCGUCAAACGGAAAUUCUGAUCAAGAGCCGUGUCAGCGUCGCGAUCUGCGACAGCAUCAUCAUGCAUCCCAAUCCAAUACUACACCGGCUCCAGGUUCACCCACCUCACGCCUACUCCUAGAAUACGAGAUGCAUCUUCGCAACACUUUAGCAAAAGGCAUGGAUGCUGAAAGCUACAGCUUGCACACAUUCGAAGCCUUGCUGACUCAAAGCAUGGAAGAUCUAGAAUACAACGAUAAUAUGCCGCCUUCAAAUCAGCGGAGCCCAUAUCCACCACGCAGGCGUCCAGCUUCACAGUGCUCCGGAGGUGGAAGCCGCUCAUCCACCCUACCGAUGCCUCAUCGCCUUGGUGUUGAAAGACAACACAAUGUCAAAUCCGAUCGAGAUGGAUACUACAGCGACCGUAAUGAGCUGAUGCGGGAACGCGAAAGGGAUCGAGAGCGAGGAUAUCUUAGUGAUCACAAUACGAGUUUUGUAAGUGCUUCACGAUGUGCGUCCUGUAUUGGGGAAUCUGCUCGAUCAGCGUGGUAUCGGCACUCGGAUGGCUGGCGGGGCGGCCCGCCUCAAGGCCAUCGUCGCUCUCCUUGGGACUCCCUCCCCAGCUUACGACAAGAAGGCAGCCUCAAUGACUCCGGGUAUAAGAGCAACCGAGCUGACAGUUUCGAACAACGGGGCGUGUUUGAUCGUCAAGACAGCGUCCGUUCGGAAUACACCAGUGAUAGGGAGUCUACACGUUAUGGCAUCGUGCAACAAGCAUCUAUAGACAGCACUGACUCAAGAAUCUGCUAUCUAACUUCGAGUGAGAUAUCGGAUGAUGAUCGCAUGUCGCUGACUACCGCUGUAUCGGACGAAGAGGAACCUGGUGAAAGCGCAAUGAAUUCGCCUUACAAGGGUAAACAGACUGGUGCUGCGGCAGCUUCUUUCAACUGUACUGGAGCUGUGCGAAAAGCAGGAUUUUUGAGCGUGAAAAAGUGGCUACUGCGUAAGAAACACCAGAUCGAGUUGGCUCGGAAACGUGGUUGGAAAGGUUACUGGGUGUGCUUGAAAGGCACUACGCUACUUUUUUACCCCUGCGAUUCACGAGAAGGUCGAUCCGUAGAAGCCGCUCCCAAACACCUUAUUAUAGUCGACGGUGCAAUAAUGCAACCAAUACCGGAACAUCCCAAACGUGACUACAUAUUUUGUCUGAGCACGGCAUUUGGCGACGCUUACCUAUUUCAAGCGCCAUGCCAGGUCGAGCUUGAGAACUGGGUGAAUAGCAUACAUAGUGCAUGCGCUGCAGCGUUCGCCCGACAUCGCGGCAAAACCGGAACACUUCAUUUGCUGCAAGAGGAAAUAUAUCGUCUCGAGAAAGCUAUAGAAUCUGAUCAUAAAUUGAAACACAUGGCGGACCUACAACAAUCGGUAGUCUCGGAUCCUGAAACCAGAGCCCAGCUCGCUGUACAGAUGCUUCAGUGGGAGGAGAACCUGGAGCGCCUUCACUGCGAGCAAUUCCGUCUUCGUUGUUACAUGGCCAGCCUUCAAAGUGGUGAACUACCAAAUCCUAAGUCAUUGCUGACACACGUGUCACGCGGCACAAAGAGCACGCUGAAUAAAUUGGGUGUGUUCACGGUGUCGUCGUUCCAUGCGUUUAUUUGCGCUCGCUCGCCGUCGCUCUUGAACAAUUUGCUGGCAGGGCGUGGCGCCACCAAGCGACGGGCGCCCAACUUAUCACGCUCGAACUCUGGCUCGAGCCGGCGCUCUAUGCAGAUGUCACGUGAAGAAGGCGAGGCAGCGGUGAGAGUUUCCCUACCGGAGGGUACAACCGCCACGGUCGGGGUCCGAGAAGGCAUGUCCGUCGAAGAGUUCCUUGCAGCGGCAUGCGCUCGUCGUUCCCUCAAUGCUUUGGAACAUUUCGUGCGUGUUAAAAAACGCCGGGACAUGGAGGACCAUAACUAUUUUGUCCCUCACCGAAGUGAUCUCAUUGAAACUUAUUUACACACACAUGAAGUAGUUGAAGUGUGUGCCAAGAUCCUAUACCAAGUAGAAUUGCAACGGAACACGCUAGAGCAGAUGUGGGGAUUCAGCGUUGAAGCAGAGCUCAUAGAAAAUGCGGAAAGGCAAGAUGAGCUUUGUUGCUACGUUAGUCGCGUCGAAGAUAAGAGCGUCGCUAUGCAAAACGGAAUAAUCAAAGGCGACGAGAUAAUGGUGAUCAACGGAGCGAUAGUAUCUGACCUAGAUAUGAUGUACUUGGAGAGUGUAUUGCAGGAGGAACUUUCUCUUGUCAUGAUGAUGAGAUCGUCACGGACGGAACCACCGGAGCUGAGCGGCAUGAUGCGCGCAGCGACUGAUGAUAUUAUUGAUUCCCUAGUGUGCCCACCGCCGCCUAGUGAACCGCCCGUCAUCUCCGAUGACAUGAUUUCCGGCCUCAUCGUACCUGCACCGGCCUGGAGUAAAGAACUGUACAGUCCCGAAACUGAUGCACAUGGCGGUGACGCUGCGAAUACUGGUCCUCCAAAAGUUAGUUCCAGGACUAACUCUUUCGAGAUCGAAAACCUUCUAAAGAGCGCAGAACAAGUGACGGGUUGGUGCCGGUCUCCGUCGGACACGCGCCGCGGAAGCCCCACAGGUAGCCUCGCUAGUGCCGCUGCUGGUACACCCUCACGACAUCUAUCAGAUGCUGACAAACUGCGAAAGGUGCUCCUGGAACUCGUUGACACAGAACGAGCUUAUGUCAAGCACCUUAACAAUUUAUUAGAAAACUAUUUGGAGCCUUUGAAGAAGGAAACUUUUUUAUCAAAUGCCGAGAUCAAUGCUCUGUUUGGAAACAUACAAGAAAUCGUUACUUUCCAAAGGCAAUUCUUGCAAAAUCUUGAGGAAGCCCUAGAAGCUGAGCCGAACUUUCAUCAUUUCGAAAUUUCAAAUCAGUUCAAGAAUGUACUCUUUGCUGUUGGAAACGCUUUCCUCUAUUACGUCAACCAUUUCAAAUUAUACAGUUCGUUCUGCGCUAGUCACAGUAAAGCACAGAAAGUUCUACAUCCAAAUGAAGGCAAUCAAGCAUUACAAGAAUUCCUAGCGGCGCGUAAUCCCAAGCAACAACAUUCAUCGACGUUGGAAUCAUACUUAAUCAAGCCGAUUCAGCGCAUACUCAAGUAUCCAUUACUGCUGCAACAAUUGCGAAAUUUAACUGAUGUAAAUUCCGAAGAACACCUCCAUUUAGUGGAGGCGUUGAAAGGUAUGGAAAAGGUGGCUGAACACAUAAAUGAAAUGCAACGAAUCCAUGAAGAAUAUGGUGCUAUAUUCGAUCACUUAUUUAGGCAACAUCAAAAAUCUUGCAAGCAACCUAUAGAUCUAAGCCCAGGUGAUUUGUUGUACUACGGUGGUGUAGAGUGGUUAAAUAUUUCAGACUUCUUAGGAAAAAUUAAAAAAGGGUUAGAAUUACAUGCUAUGUGUUUUGUAUUUAAAUCUGCUGUGGUCUUCCUAUGCAAAGAAAGACUGAGACAAAAGAAAAAAUUAAUGGGUGUAUCAUCGAAGAACAAUUCGAACGAGGUAGAAAUAAUAAGAUAUCAAGUUCUUAUACCGGUGACAGAGGUUCAAGUGCGUGCUUCUUCGGCUAAAGACAUGGACAGUCACUUCCUCUGGGAAUUAAUACACCUGCGAAGUCAACUGCAGCGUCGCUCGGAAAAAGUCUAUGUACUGUCAAACAGCACUGCAGACUUCCGCAACGCUUUCCUGAAGACAAUUCGGCAGAUCAUCCGCGAGUCGGUGCGCAACAUGUCGCUGCCGAGCACGCGGCCCGCGCCGGCGCCUCCCCGCGCCCCGCACACUCUAGACCGAGAUCGCUCCAAACAUCAGGUGCACGUCAUGCAAGGCUCACAAACUCUUGGAAAAACAAAGAAACCUAAGACUACUGGACAGCGUUUAUCAGCCGGAAAUAUUGAAGUUGGUGACUUAUCGCGAGAGAAUUCUCAAGACGCCGAGGAACCCCCACAAGAUGUAUCUUCUGACGAGCCUACCUUCAGAUCACGAAGCAAAACAGUUGGUGACUCGUCCGAUAGCAGCAGCAAGAGAGCAUUGCCACCAGCUCCGCCACCAACAGACACUGAUAAGUCUGACCCAGGGUCUAAAUCGGAAGGCGAAGAGGAACCACCGCAGCCGCCUGCCAAGAGAGGGUUAGGCAGAACUCCUAACCACCUCACGCUAAGCACAACUUCAACUUUAAGCGCUGGUAGCACAGGAAGUCAGGCAAGAUUAAUUCAGUCAUCACACCAACCAACUCAGUACCAGCCCACUAUGGUGAAAGAAUUAGGAUCGCCCGUGUGGAAACCGCGCGACAUGAUGAGCGAGGCGGGCGCGGGCGCCGGCUCGGCCGCCGCGCCGUCCGCGCCGUCCGCGCCCACCACGCUGCCGCGCUCGCAGCGCCCCGCGCCGCGCGCCCACCACCUCUCGGCCAGCCGCAAGUCGCUCGCCCCGGACCAUCGCCACUAA